ACAUGAUUUUUACCACAAAAAAAAAAAAUUGUUCAAAGUGUACACAAAGAUAAAAAUUACCAGACAUGUCUGUAACUGAUUUCAAAUUGGAUUGCAUUGAAGACAACACGGAAGUAAAUCACGAGGCAUAUUUUGACAAUUUCCCGCUCCACUUGAUCGACAAGAUAUUACUUUAUUUGCCGAUUUCAUCCCUCGGAGACAUAGCACUUGUCAGCUCGCUGUUCAAGUCAAGGGUUUGUUCCGUCCUGAGGGAGAUAUUUUUCAGACUGGACUCGGACAUAAACGAAGAAAUCCAGUCUCUCAAGUUGGAGAUAAUGAGGAUCCCAUCGGAGGAGGAGAUCGUUCUACUCAGGCUACCUCUGUUCAGAUCUUUCUUCAUAUGCGAAAUGCUCAGAGUGGAGCUGAAUGUCUUCAAAGUCGCUGACAGGUGCGAGCUGUAUAGCAACCGUCAGUCCAUCCUCGGUAUGGCAAAAAUUCUCAACCUGUUCAACAACUUAUAUGAAGAAUCUACAAAACGAGAGCUGCCUCCUUGGCAUGUUAAUGAUGGAUACACUGUUUCAAUGGCAAAGUUGACCAAAACGUACUUAGAACUUAGGGCGAAUGAAGAGGCGCACGAUGAAUAUUUUGGAUGUCGUAUUCUAGAACUCCUCAAUUUAUUUUUGUACAAGGUUUACAAGAUCAAAGUACGAUAUAUCCCAUUAGCUAACUCAUGCACAAUAGAAGCGCAAUAUGAAAUAUCUCAACAGCAGUAUUUCCAGUUUAUUCAAGCACCGCCUAAGCUAAUUGAUCCAACUUCACAUAUCCCCACAUCCGAAGAUAAAAAAAACAUAAUACGCUUCUUAAUGAACCUGGUGAGGACCAACAGCAGGAUCAUCUUGAGAAAUGAACAAUACUUCCGAGAGUUGGAGGGCACUCGAGGCACGCAAUCGCACGAGUUCUUGUUCGGCACGACGCAGACAACAAUGCCAAGGAGUCGUGUAUUAUCAAGACAGUUUAGAGAGUACCGUGUGCUUCCGAACCCUGUUAGGAAAAUAGAGCUGAAUGACGGCCUGUACGAAAUCGAAGAAGAGUUCAAGACGAGAGAUGUGAUACUGCAUCCCAUUCAAAGCACCUGCGGGAUAUUCAAAUGCGAUGUAAAAAUGCGUUGCUCGAUGGAUACCUUGCCGAGGCAUGUGGCUGAUAGCUGGCAGAGGCUUAAAGUUGACCUUUUCGCUGGAAAACUCAUAUCCAGCCCACUUUGGUCAGUUCUGGCCCAUCAUCUUCGCAAUGACUAUACCCCAUCAGGGACUAGAAUCGGUGGGAAUAACAUUCAAAUGCCAAACUCACUGAACUGUGUAAUGAACUUAAGGAGUACUUUUCUCCACAGAGAUGCGGACUUGAUUCUGAGAUUUCAAGAGCCUUAAAUAGUCUGCAAAUGAAGAGAAAAAAUCAACUGGACAAAUACAAUACAAAACCAUUAUUAUUUUAUCUUUUACAGCUUUAAUUACAAAACAAACAAAUACAUUAGCAAUAUCUUUAAAAAAUAAUAAUUUAAAGGUAUUAUGAUUGUUCGUCUUCCAUUCAUCAAAAUAAUCUUUUUGUAAAUUAUUUACAAAACUUUUUAUAUGGCACAUGCAAUCUGACAGACAUUGGCAUUUUGCAAUCUUCAGGGGUCAAUCUAACUGUUCACAUGUUACAAACUCGUAAAAGUGCACGGUUGAUGAAAUAACGCAGACCAACCACUGAAGUAUGUUUAGGCUGGAUCAGGUCUGAUCAAACAGACUACACAAAUAGGUGCGAUCGAAUUACUCUAAAAUUAACCAGAUAUUUGAAGCUUCUCCACUUGUCUUGUAAAAGUUAAAACUUUUCAAAUUGUUUGUGAAAUUUUAAAACAAAUAUAAUUUCAGAAAUAAUUUCUGGCAGACUAAUGGAUUUUUUUUAUUUUUUUAAUAGUGAUUGGGUUGAAAUGGAAACUUCCUUCUGCUUCAAUAAAUACAUUUUAUUGUGUAAAUUAAUGUAAACAUUUAUUAUCACAAAAAUUGUAGACAUAAGGCAACAACUUAUAAACAAAUUAAUAGUUAUAAAUCUAAAACUCCCAUAAAUAUUAAGUAUAAAUAAUAAAAAUAGCAGUUGCACCUUCCAUGACGAUAAUUUAACUCUUACUUGAGCAAUCGCCAUAACAUUCCAUAGAAGGCUUGUUUAUGAAACUUUUGUCUUUUUUUCUUUCUUUCCUUCCUUCAAUCAGAAAAUAAAUCAUUAACAAAAAAUCUAAUUUAUCCAAGCGUUCUGCUGCUACUUUCAGUUGCUAUAGUAAAUAUUUUGUACUACUACAUUUCAACCAGUAUAUUUAAAUCAUCUGAAUUUGUACAUUGCAAAUAUACAUGAUGUACAUAUAAAUCCUUGACUAGCAAAUUAAGGCAGAGUUCGAAACAAAGGAACACGAAAAAAAAGGAAUAAGAGCAGCAAAAAAUAGCACAAAGGUUAUUCCCAAUUUCCUUAUUAAUCUCGCCAUUAUAAAGGCAAUUUAAAAUACAAACGCUAAAAAUAAAAUCUAUGAAAAAAAAAAA